CCUGAGGCCUGCAGGCCUCUGAGCAGUGCAGACCAAGUCACUGACAGCCAGGUUCGGACAGCGGGGGGCGUGGCGGCGCCGGCGGCCGCGCAGCGUCUUUAAUUCAAGCCGUCAAACGAACGUGGAAUAAAAGACGCGAAUGCGCGGCGCGACCCGCUCAGGACGAGCGAAGGUGCAGAAAGCGAGCAGGGGCCUGCGGAGACUCCGCGGAUCCCCCCUGCGCCCCGUGAACAAGGCGACAAAAUAAUAUCACGUGAUCCAAAAUGGGCUGUCCUCUGACGGGGCUGAAAAAAGCCAUUUUCUGGCGCUGCUGCAAAAUCUGUCCAAGUCCAAAUAAUUAACCUGGAUCCUCGCUGGGAGGAGAGGGGGCACUUUUGUGUGUGAUCAGAUCUGUCCUCAUGGAAAAAAUGCAGCCCGACCAGAUCAAAAUCACAGAUUUGAAUCCACACCUCACGUGUCCACUGUGCGCCGGCUACCUAAUAGAUGCUACCACCAUCGUAGAGUGCCUCCACUCCUUUUGUAAAACAUGCAUCGUCACGUUCCUGGAGACGAAUAAGUUCUGCCCCCGAUGUGACGUCCAAGUUCACAAGACGUGUCCACAGCUCAGCAUCAGAGCGGACAAAACUCUACAGGAUAUUGUUUAUAAGCUUGUUCCAGGGUUAUUUAAAGAUGAGAUGAAGCGGAGACGGGACUUCUACGCUGAGAACCGUGUGCUGGAACCCGGGGAAGUGGUGGAGACGUUCAACAUAGCGGAAGAUGAAAUCAUCAGUCUGUCCAUACAGUUCUAUGAGAGGAACAAAAACAGUGAGAGGCCACACGCGGGGUUGGAAGGAGACAAGGCCAACGGUAAACGCUUCCUGCAGUGCCCGGCGGCCAUGUCUGUCAUGCACUUAGCAAAGUUCCUCCGGAGCAAGAUGGAUAUUCCCAACAACUACCGGGUGGAGGUUCUGUAUGGGGACGAGCCCUUGAAGGAUUACUACACACUAAUGGACAUCGCUUACUUCUACGAGUGGAGACGAACCGGACCCAUCCCUCUGCAGUACCUGGUUAAACCAACCCGGAAGCGCCGGAGGCCGUCCCAGUCCGCUGCCCAGGGCCACUCCGACGGCGUCAACACCAGCCCGACCUCGGAGAGCGACUCCCACAGCGACAAAGUCCACAGUCCGGCUGCCGCCAAGCCGCCCCGGGCCUCCUCGCAGUCCAGCCCCACAGCCCACAACCUCCCCACCGCCCCCCAAAGCUCCAACGGCACCGCCGCGCCCACGCAACGGCACGGCCACGCCCCCAAGCAGCUCGCCAACGCUCGCAAGGUGACUGUCAACGGCACCGGCGCCGGCAGCGGCAAGGAGGAGGCGAGGGGCGGCGACAAAAGCGGGUUGCCCCCGACGACCUAACGUGCGCGGGGAGCGCGGGGAGGACAGUGUUCCAAUUGCUCCCUUCACUCUUCCCUCAGAGCGCGACGACGAGCUCCAGCUUCGCUCCUUCCAGACGAACGGGAGGUCGAUUACCACGAUCGCCUCUCGGCUGGAGAGACUGAGACGUGCAGCCAAAUAGACACUCGUGUGUGCGUGCGUGCGUGUGUUUGUGUGUGUUAGACUAGGACAGUGCACACAUACAAACUGUACAGUAUGUAUCAAAUGUGAGCAUGUGUUGUAUACAUAUGUAUAAACUUAUCUUUUUAUACGAGAUUGUAAUCGUUUUGUAUUGUACAUGCAGUGGGUCCAUUUCAUUUCCGUAGUUCCAUCCUCAUUGAUUUGGCUUCCGACAUAAUGCUCAAGUGCGUUGUACAACACAUCGCUGCUAACUUUGGAUGUAAAGGAAAAAAGAGAGAAGCUAACGUUGCCUUUGAUCAGUCAUGUUGAGAACUGCUUUAUAACUGUCCCAUUCGCAAACACUCGCCAGGUGACGCGCUUUACCUGAAGCCGCUGAAGCACUUUGUUGUGGUCACAUCACAAGUAUUUUCAGACAGGAAUCUCUCAGCACUACCAGGGUCGUCAGUGGACCACAGUCCGUCAGAACUCAAAGGAUUUCUACAUUUGGCCAUGUCUGUUGUAGUUCCGUCGAUUUCAACAUUCCCUUUGUUUCUUUAACAAUGAUACUUUUUACCAGCCAUAUGUGCAUGUUUUAGGUCAAUAAAAUGUUUGCUUACUA